UUCAGGGCGGAAACAGUCGCCAUGGUGACUUUCCGGCCUGCAUCGCCUCUGCUUCCCUAUCCCGGCUGACGUUGGACAACAAAGAUGGCGGCAGGGACCAGCAAUUACUGGGAAGAUCUCAGGAAACAGGCUCGACAGCUGGAAAAUGAACUUGACCUGAAACUAGUUUCCUUCAGCAAACUAUGUACAAGUUACAGUCAUAGCAGUACCCGAGAUGGAAGACGCGACAGUUCUGAUACAACACCCCUUUUAAAUGGAUCAAGCCAGGACAGAAUGUUUGAGACAAUGGCGAUUGAGAUUGAGCAACUUUUGGCAAGGCUUACAGGGGUAAAUGAUAAAAUGGCAGAAUAUACCAACAGUGCAGGUGUCCCCUCCUUGAAUGCAGCCCUGAUGUAUACAUUACAGCGGCAUAGAGACAUAUUGCAGGAUUAUACACAUGAAUUCCAUAAAACCAAAGCAAACUUUAUGGCAAUACGGGAAAGGGAGAAUCUCAUGGGAUCAGUACGAAAAGAUAUUGAGUCAUAUAAAAGUGGGUCUGGAGUAAACAACAGAAGAACUGAGCUGUUUUUGAAAGAACAUGACCACCUUCGAAACUCAGAUCGUCUGAUAGAAGAGACAAUAAGCAUUGCUAUGGCAACAAAAGAAAAUAUGACUUCACAGAGAGGAAUGUUGAAGUCAAUUCACAGCAAAAUGAACACCUUGGCCAAUCGUUUUCCUGCUGUAAACAGCCUGAUCCAGAGGAUCAACCUGAGGAAGCGGUGGGACUCGCUCAUCCUAGGGGGUGUCAUUGGGAUCUGUACCAUCCUGUUGCUGCUGUAUGCGUUCCAUUGAUGGGACAUCUACAGGGACUCUUGACAACCACCACUUUCACGCCCUGGUCUGGAAUAAGGAAACGUCGGAGGGAGAAGUUGACUGUCUUGAUAAUUAGCCUGACCAGCAGGAUGAAUGCAAGACGGACAGUGAUGGACUGUGUGACAUGGUCAGGUUGAGCUGAAGCCACAGUUUUUCUGUGCUGUCUUUUCUAACACAUUUUUCUGUUUUUAAUUAAAAAAAAAAAAAAAGGUUUUCAGUUGCUUUUGUCUCCCUAGGAGGCAAGUAAACCAAUCCAAAACAGAGUUUUCUGUGUUUCCGUGAUAGUGUUGAAGCCUAGUGACCAGCCAGGUCUUACAGCUGGGCUCUUCAGAAAACCGGGUUUCUACGUCCAAAGACUGCUUUUCUUUUAGCCGCCAAAUUGCAUUGUGAAUAAAAAUAAUUUUUGUCCUCUUAUUUUACACUCAUAAUGAGAAAUCACAAGUUCUUUCUUGAUGAUCUGUGCUAAGGAUUUCUACUCUGUCCCCUCAACUCUGUUGAUAUUUGAGGAAAAUUCUGUUUUUCAUAGAUUCUUUGAGAUGCUGAUUGACCAACUUCAGCAUGUUUGAGGUUGUCUGAAAUGGAGAUCACUGUAAAACUGUCUUUCUUUUAAGUUACAGGUACACUGGGGUUAACUGUAUUGCUGGAAAAACAUCAAGAAUGGCAGUCUUAUAUUUAAGGCACCAGUCAUUGUUUCCAUUUUUUAAAAAUUCUUCCCUUGGAUUAAUAUUUUCUACUGAAAAGAAGUGAAAUCUCAGUUCCACUAUGAUAAAAGAAACGAAUUGCCAGUGUCUGUCAGUGCCCCCACUGUUCGUCAUCUUACCAGCAUUGACACUGGUAACUGAGGAAGGGGACUGCUCAAUUUCUAAUGUGAUCUAUUCAAAAAGCCACAUAUAAAAAGGCAUUGAGGGCUCACUGUCUGGAGAAUUGGCAUUUGUAAAUGCUCCACAAUGUAUGGGCAAAAGUUUAAGGACUACUGCCUGAUGUACCAGGAAUCCUGAGUUCUGUGAAAAUCUGUUCAUUCCAAAUCUGUUAAGCAUUUCCAAACAUCCAGAGAAUGGUUUCACUGUUGAGGGUGCAUGUGGCAGAAUCUGUCUCUCUCUGCACCUGUCUUCUAUUACCAUCCCUGGACAGUGACAGAUUUUAAACCAGCCACCAGAAUUCUUUUCAAGUUAACCAUUUCUUAGUUUCUGUAAAUUCAUGACUUGUCUUACUGAACUACAACCUGGUUUGUAGACUUCCAACAUCUACACUGCUGCUCUUCACCAUUGGAAUUCACUGUGGCAUUUAUAGUAUUGGCUUCAGUCCAAGCCACAGGGAAUAAAAGGAUAUCAGCAUGUAGUUCUUAGCUACAUGGUGUAUAGAUGCUGUUAUUCAGGUGAACUUGCUCAUGGGUGGACUAACACCUGGUUUAGUACAGGGACCGAGAAGUUUUUCAUUCUGGUGUCAAAGUUUUGUUACAUUAUGGGUGUGAAGGGCAUUUGAUAUAUUUUUCUUAACUAUGGGGUUUAUUUUUCUAAAUAUGGGUUGAUUGACUGUUCGUUGAUUCAGGGUACCCUUAAAAGAAAAGUUUUCCCAUUGUGAACCUUAAAUGAUCAGAGAAGUAAGUUCAUUGAUUAAAUUCUCUGUUGGGAGAACAAAAGUUUUCUCCCCUGACACUUUAUUAUCUUUGAUUUUUCAAAGGGCCUUGAUUGGUGGUUGUGUCUCUGUUAGAAUUUAUGGGACUUUGCUAUGUAGUUGGCAUUUAUAAAAUCUGAAGUAUCAUAAAGUUAUUUAUUUAAUUAUA